ACCACCACCACCAAACUUUUUGUUGGUUUUUAAUGAUAACUACACUUGCCUUUUUAUAUGUGUGCCUUGUUUUGGCAAAUUUCACAUACAAAAAAUCUUGACAAUCUUAUCCCUUAAAUACCCCAUCCCACCUCUUGCUACCUUACAUCUGCUCACUCCACCUUUUCUUAUUAUUAUUCAAGUCUGCAUAACUCAUUUGUCGACUUUUUCGAAAUCCUGAUUCCGUUUAUCUCUCACAUAUUAAUAGUCAUCAUGUUGAAGUGAACAUAAUAACCUAGCUAGCUCAUCGGAGUUAAAUAAACACACUACUAUUUUAUAUUUAUAUUUAAGCACCCUUUCUGAGAUGUUGGAUCUUAAUCUUAGUCUUUUAAACAAUGACACCGAUCAUAAUUCGUGGAUGAUCGAAGAAAAUACUAUGGAUGCAGAAGAUUCAAUGACUUCAAACUCGUCAAUUCGAAAUUCUUCUUGUAAUUCAAGUAAUGCAGGUGCAGUGGAUCGGAGCAGGCACUUUGAGUUGGUGACUCAACAACUGUUUCCUGUUAAUGAUAAUACUACUUGUACUACUGUGACUGCACAAAAUAGCUGGAUGAAUUCAUGUUCGAGUUGGACUCCUGUGGAGCCUCAAACUCAUCAUGCUGGAAUCUCAUUCAAUCAAGCUGAGUUUCAACCACGAGUUGAGAAAAAAAAGACGAGGAGAGGGCCGAGAUCACGGAGCUCACAGUACAGAGGAAUCACUUUUUAUCGGAGGACGGGUCGAUGGGAAUCACAUAUCUGGGAUUGCGGGAAACAAGUUUAUUUAGGCGGAUUUGACACUGCUCACUCUGCGGCGAGAGCUUAUGAUCAAGCUGCAAUAAAAUUUCGAGGGGUGGAUGCUGACAUCAAUUUCAACAUUAGCGAUUAUGUGGAAAGUAUGAAACAGAUGGAGAAUCUGAGCAAAGAGGAAUUUGUCCUCAUACUGCGUCGUCAUGGCACGGGUUUCUCCAGAGGAAGCUCAAAAUACAGAGGUGUCACCCUGCACAAAUGUGGCAGAUGGGAAGCUAGGAUGGGACAGUUUCUUGGUAAAAAAUAUAUCUAUCUUGGAUUGUUCAAGAGUGAAGUAGAAGCUGCAAGGGCUUAUGACAAAGCCGCCAUCAGAAGUAAUGGAAGGGAAGCCGUCACAAAUUUUGACCCAAGUGCAUAUGAAAAUGAAAUGAUAUCCGAAACUCAGGGAGGAGCUAACGGCAGCAAUCUUAAUCUCAAUUUGAGUAUGUCUAUCCCCUCUUUUGUGAAUGGACUCCCGGAAAAUGAGAACAUGUUGAGUCCACGGUAUAAUCAAUUUGAUACAUUGAGGUCAAGGAAGUUACAGAAUCCUGAUAUGACAAUGAUCGGUAACAAUGAUUUAAGUGAGUCACCAAUAAUAUCUAUACAUCCUUCUUUGGGUAUACAUCCUGAUCAUUCAAGGUACACGGAAAGAACAACUGAAAAAUUAAAUGAAGUAAGUUCUUCAUUCGGGCCCCAAAAAUUGUCGUGCCAAAAAAAUAACUGUCAAGUUCAUUCUCCUUCGGUUAGAUUUCUUUCAACUGCAAUAUCAUCAGGAUUCCCAGCUCUUGCCAACAGUCUCCCAGCAUCCACUCAUUCUUCAGUAGCAACAAGUCAAUACUUUCACACAUCUUCUAUCAACGUCUCUCAAUACUUUUAUUAGUUAGAAUUGCAGCAGGCUAUUAAUCAUUUGUAUUACUUCAACUCUUUUGAUAUUUUUAUUAGCCUACUGUUUGAGUUUAUUUUCA